AACUUCAGAACAGUGCACAAAAACAUCUCGCUAAGAGGUGGGACAGAAACAACACUGACUCGUGGAGUACUUAUUAUUUUGCACGUAAGGAGAGGAAUUGACAGAUCCACGCUUGACACCUCGAAUCAUGAUCCAUGAUCGAAAGGCUAUUUUAGGCCUGUAUCGAAAUUUAAUUCGAGAAAGUAAGAAAUGGAAUUCUUACAACUACCGAAUGUAUGCUCUACGCAGAAUUCGUCAUGAGUUUCAAGAAAACAAAACUAUACAAGACAAGGGGAAAAUUACGGAGUAUUAUCAUAAAGGAGUAGAAGCCCUGAACAUGAUCAAAAGACAAGUAAUAAUUGGAAGUCUUUACAGUACCAGGCCGUUAGUCAUAGAAACUGUCGCAAACAAAGCUAAUUUAAAUUGAUCGGGCGAAUAUAUUUUAUUUUAUAAUACGGGAGAGUCGACGUGAACUUUUGCCACCAGUGUAUGUGUAUAUACCCUAACAGCAACUGUAUCGAAAGCAUGUAAUAAAAGUAUUUAUUGUCAGCGUA